CGCCUUGGAUAAACAGCAACUUGGCAAGCUGAAGCAGCAGCAGAGUUUCUUGAUUUCCCUUCUCUGAAUGUUAUGCGUAGAGUGCGCGGCACUGAUUUCCGGAAUCAAUAAGAAUGAAACAUAACAAAUAGCGGACAAGUCUCAAGCGCUGAGGCGGCUUAUCCGCAGCAGGAUAGGCUUCCAUAAACUGCAAUCACGUCUAUCUGUCGGCGAGUGGCCAGCGAACCGCUAAGAAAAUGGAGGCUGGAGACUGUGUACCAGAGGGCCCGCAAUGCGGUGCCACCCUGACUUCACACGUUCCGCCAGGGCUCAAUCCCGAGUGGCCCUGCCCCGGCGGCAUGUCCCAGCUAGCACGCCUCCCGCCAGAGCUCCAAGAUCGCAUCGCAGAGGCCCUGCCACCCAACGACGUGGCAUGCACGCUGCGCCUGCUCAGCCGCACGCUAGCAGCCCACUUCCGCAGCCACACCACCGUGCAGCUGUCGCAGCCGGUGCCGCAUCACGCCUUCGUGCGGCGCUUCGGCCGCUGGUCCGCGGUGCGCUCGCUGCCGCUGGCUCAGCGGCGCAAGCUCAUCGCUCUGACGGCGGCCAGCGGCAGUUUGGAAAACCUGCGCGUGGUGGCGGGCGGUCCGGAUGUGACACAGGCGGUUGGCACCGCAGGCUGCGCGCUGACGGCAGAGGUGUUUGCGGCAGCGGCCGGGGCAGGGCACAUGCACAUAUGCAAGGAGCUUUACAACAUGGGCUGUCCCUGGGACACGUCAGUACUGUCAGCGGCGGCCCGCGGCGGUCACGUUGCCCUGCUCCGCUGCCUCUGUGCCAGCCGCUGCAAGUGGAGCUGCCUUGGGCCGGUACUGGUGGCGGCGGCGGCGGGCGGGAACCCGGCUGUCGUGGAGGCUGUGGUGAAGCUAUACGGCUCCGAUGGGCACCAUUAUUCGUAUGACGACUAUAGUCGCAGAAUGCUGUUGGAGUAUUUUGGGAAAGACGAGAUGUGGGGCGAGGCGCAGUGGGACGAGGACGACAAGGAUGCCCGUGAACUGGUUCUGCGUAAGAAGGAAGAUGCUAGCUCCUCCCAACAGCAACCGCAAACGCAGCAGGAGCAAGAGCAGCCGCAGCAGAAAGAGCAGCAGGAGCAGGAGCAGCAGCCGCAGGGUCCACAGCAAGCUUCAGCUGUGACCGGGCCAGAUAGCGCCGCGGCCGUCACCGCGUCCACCGCCGCCGCCACGUCCGCUGCCGCUGCCGGCGGGGUGGUGGUGAGUGCAGCAGCAGCAGCAGCAGCAGCAGCAGGAGCAGCAGGAGCCGCGGAAGCAGCAGGAGCCGCGGGAGCAGCCCCAGCCUCAGUCCCAGGAGCACCAGCAGGAGCACCCUCCGGAGCCACCGCGGCCGAAGACGCGGCAGCGGGCGCAGCGGCCACUGCGGCGCCUGCCGCGCCCGCCGCCGCCGCCGCUGGCGGCGGCGACGACGACGACGACGGCGACGACGACGGCGGCGGCGCCAGUAUAGGCUUCCAAUCCUUACACGUGCUACAGCUUGAAUGGGACCUGUCGCAAAAGGAGGCGGCGGCGGUCUGUGUGGUCGCCGCGUAUACACUGCCCUUCCGGCCCAUGGCCAGGCUGGUGUACCGCUGCGGCGGCAUGCAGGCGCGCAUGCAGCCGGCACUGGUGGCGGCUCUGGCGGCGGCGCUGCUCAGCCCCACGCCCGACUGGACAACUAAAGUCCUGUGGAUAGAAGGGAUGGUGGUUGAGGGCGCGGGCGCGGGCGCGGCAGCAAAGGUCCUGCUGACGUGGCCGCGGGGCCUUGAAGGCGCGCUGUGCGCUGGACUGACCCUGGGCCGCCGCCCACCGGUGGUGCAGGACGCGACAUGGCCGCUGGCGCGACUGAUCUGGGCGCGGAACAGGGGCUACCGCGUGUCCAGCCUACCGCCGGCGUGGCUCCUGCCGCUGGCCGACGCGAUGCACAUGCAGGCCCUCGCGACCUGGCUGCUGGAAGCCCCACCACCACCACGGCAGGGUGCCGCCGCGGCCGCGCGGCGGAAGCGCCCCGACAGCCCCCUCACCUGCGCGGCGGUGGCGGCCGCACGCCUUGGGCACCUGGAGACGCUGGAGGCCCUUGCCAGGGCGCAGCAGGAGCACCGGCAGGCAGCGGGGGAGGCGGAGGCGGAGGUGGAGGCGGAGGCGGAGGCGGAGGGGGCGGCACAGGGGGCGACACAGGAGGCGGCACAGCAGGGGGCGGCAGGUGUGCGGCCCCGCCCGCUGCAGCCUCCGGCCUGGUUGCGGGCUGUUGUCAAGGAGGCGACGGCGCGGGGGCACGAGGACAUCGUGCUCUGGGCGGUGCAAACCUACGGCGCCCAGGCAGUGCUGUGCCAGGAGCUGUGGGCCGCUGCCGCCGCCGCUGCCGCCGCCGCUGCGGGCAGUGCCGCCAGCCGUGACAGCAGUAGCAAUGACGGCAGCAGCAGCAAGCCCAGCUGCGGUCUGCGGCUGCUGGACUUCCUGCAGCGCAAUGGCUGCCCGGGACAGCUGCAGCGCGAGGGCGUGUGCUCCGCCGUCGCCGCCGCCGCGACUGCAGCCUCGGCCGCCGUGGCGAUCGGGGCCGGGGCCGGCGGCGGCGGUGGCGGCGCAGUCACGGGCGUUGCGGGUUUGUAUGAUUGGCUGCAGCGGCAGGGCAUGGCUUCACUGGUGAGUAUGGCGGCGGCGGCGGAGGCGGGGGAUGUGGAGCUGGCGACCCGGCUUGUGAGUGUGGGGGCUGGGCACGCUGCGCUGCACGGCGGCCUGUGGAAGCCGGCGGUGGAGAAGGGGCACGCGGCGUUCGUGGAAUGGCUGGUGGCGGACACGCAGUGCCCGCUGCCGCCGCCAAGAACCUCCUCGAAGGGCGGCGGCACCCGGGGACUGCCCCAUGCGGAGUACCGUGUGGCGCUGAGUAACGGCGACCUAGGGGUCUUGCGGGCGCUGUGGCAGUUGGAGCAGGUGGCGGGAGCAUCAACCAGCUCAGGAGCGGUGGCGGCGGCGGGGGGAUCGGCAGGCGCGCCGGGAUCGGCAGUUGCGGCCGCGCCGGGAUCGGCUUCUGCAUCAGCAGACGGCAGUUGCAGGUCGUGGGAGCUUGACCGCCUGUAUGACAGCUUGUGUGAGUCGCCGUGCCGCAGCCUGCCGGUGAUGGCGUUCGCGGUGAAGCUCGCGGGGCUGGGCGGCGCGGCGCAUGCACAAAAGAGGUGGCAGGCAUGGGAGGCCAUCGUGGGGGUACUGGAGCGGCAGCGGUCGGACUCUGCUGCUGAGGUGCUGGCGCCGAUGCUCGGGCUGUGGGCCGAGCGGUUGGGCUACGUGGCGGCGGAGGUAGACGAGCUGGACCGUUCAUUGAAUGAUCUGCGGCAGCGCUUCCGCGAGGAGGGCUUCAAGUUGGCCCGACCCGCGUCGGACACGCUGCGGCAGCGCCUGCAGGACGCGGUGGCGGCGCUGGACGCCGCCGCCAGCGCGGCCGAUGAUCUGCUUGGGCACAUGCUGGACAGUGUGUUGGCCUGGGCACCGUAGGCGCGUGUAGCUGCUGUGUGGCUGUGGCUGCGGCGUAGUGGUUGACGUGGCAGCCGUAGGCGCGUGUAGCUGCUGCGUGCUGCGUGCUGUGUGGCUGUGGCUGUGGCAUAGCGGAUGGUUGACCAUUCGGGAGCCAUUGGUUGGCUUGCCCCUUCCCCCGAAGGGGGAGGGGCAAUAGCCAUUGCGGUCGCAUCGAGCUCGCCGCGGGGGGCCCUCCCGGUUAUUCCAGUUUUGACUUGAGUUAUAACCUUGAAACCCGAGCGCAGCGAAAUUUGUCGUGCAAAUAGUGCGCCUUUCUAUGUAUGUAUUGCAAAGCGUAACAUUAUGAAAACGCAAGCCCUAUGCCAGAGCGGGGUAAACGCACAAGCGCAGCAUUUGCAUUAGAGCUCCAGCGCAACAGACAAUAUAUCACAAAUUGUAUCGAUAAUC